AAGGAGAUCAAAGAUCAUCGACAUAAAAAGAAAAUUUCUUGGACGCAUACACAUGUGCUUAUUUAUAUAUCUCUUGAAACAUGAAGAUUUUUAGUUGGGUUCAAAGAAGACUUAGUGGAAAGAAGCAUGAGUCAGCUUCAGAUUCUUCUCAAGAAUCAUCAGGGCCUGCUUUGGGUAAAGACCUCCAAAGUUGGCCUCAAGAUGAAGAAACCUUCUUAGCCAUUGGAACACUUGGAAACAAUAUCAUCUCCAAGGAAGAAGAGGAAGAAGACACAGAUUCUAGCAAAGAUCUCACUGCCACUAAUACAGAUGUUAGUAUUGGAAAGAAGAAAUCGCUCUCUUUUCUUCUCAAGAAAAUGUUUGUUUGCACAAGUGGCUUCAAAACUCCACCUCCUCUUCUUGAUUUGUCUAGAGAUUCAUUGCCUAAUACAAGAAUGGAAAAGAUGCUAAGGACAAUACUUAACAAGAAGAUACAUCCACAACGUUCAAAUGCUAUAGCAAAGAAGUAUUUGGAGAAUCAUAAGAUUAUAGAUGAAGCUCGUUCAAGUGUCGACGCCAAGAAAUGGGUCAAUACUGAUUCUGAAUGAAUCAAAUGAGUGGUGUAAGCUCAAGUGUUCAAGACAUGAAGAAUAAACAUGAAGAUGAUGGGUC